AUGUGGGCUAUACAUCAUUUGUCUCACGCUCGAGCAACCUCAAAAAGAACACUGGGUUUGGACGCCCGUGAUUUGUGUGCACCAACCCACAAGGCGGGGUCUUGGAUGAGCAAACACUAUUCUCUGUGUUCUUCCAGCCCUUGGCACGCCUUCGCAUCCGCAAAGCCAGUGUUUUGGCAUCAUGUCGCCUGUGGAAGACUGGCGGGGAAGGCUGCCGUCGUGCGUAGGCAGUGCUGCGUCUCUCGAGAGACGGGCCUAAUUGGCCGUCCUCCGCAAUUUUUUCUAGACCACACCGACACUCGAAGGAUUAUUGAACCCUCUCGCUCGGCUCUGCAGUGGCACGGUUCUUCAUUGCUUGUCUUGAUUAUUGGGGCCUCGUUUGACUAA